GUCACAGCACACAUUCAGCAUGAUAUAUAGACCUUCUAUGGUAAUAAUCCCGCGUUUUUCACAAGGAAACGCAUCAAAAUUGCACAGCACCUACUUCACAAUGCCGCGUCCAGGUAUACAUUGAAUCAGCUCAUGCUUCUUAGCACCACUUGGAAAGGACCGUCAACCAACACCGCGUCAACUAACUUUGAAACCCGAUAUCCACAUGUCCGAUAUAUUUCGAGAUCCCCAGUUCGAACUCCCUAUCAUAAUGGAGUCCUCCCCUGAGGACAUUGACGACGCAUUCUUGUCAUCGAUUGCAUUCAUCAUCAUGGCUACCAUCUUUCUCCAGUUCCUCAUCGUCUACCUCGCAAUCGAAACAGCGUAUCAUAUUGUUCAACGAUUGGAGAACACAGAGAUCGAUUGCGAAUUAGGUGAGAUCGAUGUUGGGCGUCGCAAUGAAGUUGAUACAUGGCUACCCGUUACUGCUAAAGGCGAGCCCUGCCUGGAUACCUAUGUGGUGGAUUCAACACCACCUCCACCUUACAUGAGUCCACCGCCUCCACCUUACAAAGAUGUUGAUGGUCUGGAUGUUCUCAUUGUAGAGCUGGAGGAUGGUGACAAUAUAUAGAAGAGUUCAUGCUACAUUACUGAUAUGCCAGUAGACCUUGCAUUCAAUCGAGACCUGCUCUGUGUUGGUUAUAAUCAACUGCUUCUCUAUCCUUACAAUUGCGGCUGCUAACCCAUGUCAGAACUGCUGCUGCAUGAGCAGGGUUCUUUCUCCUACCCAUUUCCGUUAGUGCAUAUAGCUUUUGCUUACUCACGACUCAUCUU